GGUUUCGCACCGAAGUGCAAGUGCAAAUUGCGAGCAGUUUCGUGCUUGUAUCAUGCGAGCGGCGAUUGCAUGCAAUACGUCAAUCAAUUGAACACAAAUCGGACGCACGCUCUCGCAGGAGCAGCACACCGCAAACCCCUGGAAGGAACGCAACCAGUUGUUACACCAUCAAUUCUGAGAUUCGCGCGCGUGGUGUUGUGGUAAAUUGUUGUCUAGGGCCUAUAGUGCUAUAGUGCUUUUGUGCUUUUAGGGCAAAAGCGAAGCGCUCCGCGGAAAACUUUCGUCUAACCUGUUGCGCGCGUACUGAAUCCCCGACAUCGGUAGUGGAUCGUGCUUCUCGGGUCGUUGGCGGCGGCGGCGGCGGCAAGCUACCCACACGCCAGUUACAUUGUGUUACACUUUUGAUCUGGUGUGAAUGUGUGCAGUUUGCAUCUCACACUGCGUGUUGCGUGUGUAUAAGUUGGUGCCAGUAGCCGUCGCUUCAGUGAUCAUAAUUCAUCGCCACGUGUGUGCAUUCGGGAAGUGACUUAACACAACUCUACUAAAAUAUACAUUGUGACAUUGAUCAUAUCAAGUGUUAGAAAACAAUAAACUAAAAAUGUCCGAUUCGCAAUCAGAAUACGACUCAAAGAUGGCCGUGGUAAAUGCUUCAUCCACCUCUGCAUCUCGACGCACACCACCAAACUGCGCACGUUGUCGAAACCAUCGAUUGAAGAUCCCACUGAAGAGUCACAAGCGUUUCUGCAAGUUCCGCUCCUGCAAGUGCGAGAAAUGUAAACUCACCUCUGAACGUCAGCGCGUGAUGGCAAUGCAGACAGCAUUACGACGCGCACAACAACAAGACGAACAGAUGAUGAAAACCAGUAGCAAUUUCAUGCCGAAAAGUCCGUCGCCGAUUCAUCAUUCGCAACACCCGCUCCUCGGCAACAACGGUAGCAGUCCGAGCGCUGGUGGCGGCGGCGGCGGCAGUGCAGGAGCUCCCAUAGAACGAAGCAUCGACUGUGACUCACCCGCCUCCUCGCAGUGCUCCACUACGCAAGCCGUCUCUGAUAAAGUCAACGGCGAAGUCGUUGCCAUUUCAUCCACCAGCAUCAAAUCAGUGGUUUGUACUGACCUUCUGGAAGACUGUCAGCGACUCUUGGAAAAGUUUCGAUAUCCAUGGGAGAUGAUGCCUCUGAUGUACGCGAUAUUGAAGGAUUCCAAUGGAGACCUGGAGGAGGCGACAAAGCGAAUCGACGACGCAAACAUAGAAUUGCCGUAUAUGGCGGCAUUGGUGCGCUACUAUCCGCGUCUAGACAUGGACACCUUCAAUCAGAUGAAAGCUCGCAUGAAGAUGUACCAGCACACCGGUUACAUGGCACCUGGGUUCAUCGAGCCGUUCAACGAGCCAAUCACCAACCUUCAAUUUGCACCACUUCUCACUACCACAUCCUUGCGACCACGGAGCCGAUGCUGAAUUUGAUGGCCGACUGGAUAUCAAUCAACUUCCGACGCACAACUUACUCGUCAGCUCGGCGCGUCGACCAGGAAGCGCUUAAGCAAAAUCCGAUGCCAUCGGAAGUUGUACUAAUUGUUUAUAAUUUUAGCGAUUUAUCACUAGUUAUGUUCCGUUUAUUAAUAAGGUUACAAAUUGGUUGCGUCGACAUGAAAUUUCUUCAAUCGCAGUAUCGUGUUCUCUAGUGUGAUUUCAAAACGUCCUCUAAAAAUCAAGUGUCGUUCAAAAUUGAUCUAGUUUUUCACAUUAAAUGUAAUCAAUAUAUUUUGCAAAUUCAUGAAGACAUAAAACCUUCAGUUCUGAUUUAUCCAAACAAUACUAAUGAUAAAUGAAAGUCCUAUCUACAUUACAAGCAUCAUAAUAUUAAAAAUAUGUGCAUGUAUGAUAAACAUGUAACAUUUUCUUAAUUAUAUCUUAAAUAUACAAGAAAACUAUAAAAUGUUAUUUAUUAUUAUGUAAUUUUUAUUUAUGAAUUGAUUAAGAUAGUGUUUUUCAUGAACCGUUAAAACUUUGUCACUGUUGACUUAAGAAUACACUGUAGAUGUUACAAACGUUUUAAAAGAGUAGCCACCAUAAGAUAAGAUAAUAUGUAAAUACUGUGUCCGUCUUUAACAAAUUAUAAUCUAAAGGAACUUCAACAUUCGUCCAAAUCUGGCUUGUAUCUAGAAUGUUAAUUAAUAACGUAAUCUACAUGUAUACUGCUCUGCAAAAUUUAAAAUGAUGAUUUACUCUUUUUAUAAAAUCGUAGAUGAAAAGACGUUUUGCGCAACAGAUUCUUAUUUUUAACCCUUCACGUUGGCAACACAAAUAUAUAUGCACCAGAGUGCCGUCUCGUUUGUCACUCAAAUUGUUCACGCUUUGUUGAGCGAAGUUGGCCACAAUUCAGCAAUACAAUUCAAAAUUUCUAUGUACUAAAGUACUGCUCGUACAGUUACAGUUUUAAUUUAGUUAUAGAGUAAUGAAAUAUUAUGCCAAAUAAAUGUUCUACUUAUACUAAUUAUAUUGCUAGGCACAACUGCGUGUGACAUGGAUUGAAAUGAAAUGAAAAUGAAACCUAAAAAUGCAAAUGUUAAAGUUUGAAUAUUUGUGGUACAAACCAAUGAUAAAACUAAAACAAUGCACACACAAGACAAACACAACUUACUUUGUACUUUAUUGUUCGAAAAUUGUUUGCGAAGCGAUUGUAAUUGUAUCAAACUUCUUGUAACUAUUACAUUACCUUAAAACUACUUUAGUAAUAAUAAUAUUGAUAUUAAUAGCUUACAAACAAACCUUUACACGAUUUAUUGUCGCGAUGAUGAUCGUUAGUCUUUUUAGGAACUUGUGAUAUGAUGGUGAUUCUUCUUUGGCGAACUGGCAUAUUAAACCCAUUGUGAAGGUUUAAAGCAUGUAAAUUCGGGAGUAUUCCUUGCAAUACGAACGGUGCUGCUUGGUGAUCACAUAGUGUUAAGCUAUGAAAAGUGAAAAGAAAGUCAUUUCUCUCAUCCGAAACGAAUUUAUUAGAUUGUAAGCAACUCAAGCAAACUGAAAUAUAAAGAACUGUAAGGAUUUAUAAACACAUAUAAAUAUAUACAUAAUAUCUAGUUAUCGAUAAACGGAAUAAGUGAUGUGGUUGCAAGAAGCAAGGAAUGUAGAGAUUAGAAAAUAAAUGCUGAGUGUUUUAUUAAUUGAA